AUGCCUCGACCUCUGCGUGUUGCAGCAGCCCAAGUCGGUAGAGUCGACCGCGGAACGCCUAGACAGCAGGUCAUCGCUCGCUUGAUCCGCCUUCUGGAAGAAGCGGCUGCGAAAUCCGUCAAGCUAGUUGUGUUCCCAGAAACAACCUUUACAACGUUCUUCCCUCGAUACCUCAUUACCGAUGAGAAGGAACUUGACUCCUACUUUGAGAUUGAGGACGCCGAGACUGGCAUCGUCAACUCCACUAACGUGAAGCCCUUCUUCGAUAAAGUAAAGGAACUGGGGAUUGACGUCGUCAUCGGAUACGGAGAAAAGACUCCUGAGGGUACGCCAUACAACACCGCUAGCUAUGUCUCUGGCGACAGGGUUGUAUCCAAGUACCGCAAGAUCCAUCUGCCAGGAAGUUUUGAACCCUUCAACGACCAUCCUGAUACGACCAAUCAACUUGAGAAGAGGUACUUCAAACCGGGCAACCUCGGGUUCCAGGCUUUCCGUGCUCCCGCUCUUCACCAUGAAUUGAGGAGCCCAAUCAUCGGGAUGCUGAUAUGCAACGACCGGAGAUGGGCGGAAGGCUGGCGAUGUUAUGGCUUGCAAGGUGUGGAGAUAAUGUGCAUCGGAUAUAAUACGGUGGCGUGGGCCCCAGAGCUCUGGGGUGCUGAUCCUAACAUGGACCGCAACUAUGCUCGUGACGAUGCCUUAUUCCACCACAAACUCGUCUGUCAAAGCAAUGCAUAUACGAAUGCUACGUUCUGUAUCACUGCUGCGAGAUGUGGCUUGGACGACGGCAAGUUUGAGCUGAUAAGUGGUAGUAUGAUCGUGGAUCCCGAAGGCCAUAUCGUCGCCGAAAACAAAACAGAUGGCGAUGAACUGAUCGUAGCUGAUAUAGACUUGGAUGCUUGCCAACAAGGUAAAAACCGCACCUUUGCGUUCGCAAAACAUCGACGACCCGAGCAUUAUGGUAUUAUUGUCGAACGAGCAGGAGUAGUAGAACCGCCAGAGGUCAUUUGA